UUAUUUCGGUAAAUCUACAAUAAAUCUAGUGUGGCAACAGGGUUUAAGCCGAACAGGACGGAAAUGGCGGCACGCUGCAACUUCUGGCUUCCCAAGAAGAAGAGAUUUUGCUCAAACGUCCUUCUCCGAGAUUCACAGUUCUGCGGAAACCAUACUCAAAGAUCUGAUGGACAAUGGGUUCCUUGCCCUAUCCACCCUUCUCACUCUGUGCUGGAAGAGAAUCUGCAGAGUCAUCUUAAGCGAUGCCCUUUUUUCAAACAAGCUCAAUCUUUGUCGAUUCAGCCUUUUUACCAGGAGGGUAUUAAUGCUGGCAAAGAAGAAGAAGAAGGCGGGCAGAAUUUUAGUUCAGAGAUGAAGAGGAAUGCUGUUCACGGGAUGACCCUUUUUGAAUUCUCCCAAUUGAUUAACAAAAUCAAGUCUAUUCAUGCUUCCAUCUGUAGUGACAUUGGUGAUUCUUUCAAGAUUCCUCAAGCUUGUGAUAUUUGGACUAAUCGACAAGUGGACCGGUGUUCUACUAUCGUACUCUUUCGGGUUUGCCAUUUCAAGAGAAACAUGUAAUGCAACAGGCC